UUUCAUAACAAAGUCACCUGUUUCAUGCUACAUCACAUUGAGGAGCCAUGUUCCCUGGGGGCUCAUGCUGCUGUCAUUGUGCCUCCCACCUGGAUCAUUAAGGUGAAGAAACCUCAGAACUCCUUAAAGACUUCAACAAGACGAAAGAAGAGAACAUCCUUUAAAAGAAAAGCCAGCAAAAGAGGAAAUGAAGUAGGUAUUCAAGAUAACAAAGGCCGGCCUUUUGUGAUAAAACCUAUCUCCUCUCCUCUCAUGAAACCACUGCUGGUUUUUGUCAAUCCAAAAAGUGGAGGGAAUCAGGGCACCAAGGUUCUCCAAAUGUUUAUGUGGUAUUUGAAUCCACGCCAGGUCUUUGAUCUCUCUCAGGAAGGGCCAAGAGAUGCGCUGGAGCUGUACAGAAAAGUGCCGAACCUGCGGAUCCUGGCAUGUGGUGGGGAUGGGACGGUGGGCUGGAUCCUGUCCAUCCUUGAUGAGCUGCAACUCAGCCCCCCACCUCCUGUGGCUGUCCUUCCACUUGGCACUGGGAAUGACCUUGCCCGCACCCUCAACUGGGGUGGGGGUUACACAGAUGAGCCAGUGUCUAAGAUCCUGUGCCAUGUAGAAGAUGGAACCAUUGUCCAGCUGGACCGUUGGAAUCUCCAGGUUGAGCGCAACCCUGAUUUGCCCCAGGAUGAGCUGGAGGACGGGGCACGUAAGCUUCCCCUAAAUGUCUUCAAUAAUUACUUCAGUCUUGGAUUUGAUGCACAUGUUACGCUGGAGUUCCAUGAAUCCAGAGAAGCAAAUCCAGAGAAAUUCAACAGCCGAUUUAGAAAUAAAAUGUUUUAUGCUGGGGCAGCCUUUACAGACUUUCUGCAAAGAAGCUCAAGAGAUUUAUCCAAACAUGUUAAAGUUGUGUGUGAUGGCACAGACCUGACUCCAAAGAUCCAGGAGCUGAAGUUCCAGUGUAUAGUGUUUUUAAACAUACCCAGGUAUUGUGCUGGCACAAUGCCCUGGGGGAACCCUGGUGACCACAGAGACUUUGAGCCCCAGCGUCACGAUGAUGGCUACAUUGAAGUCAUCGGGUUCACCAUGGCCUCGCUGGCUGCUCUCCAGGUGGGUGGCCAUGGAGAGCGGUUGCACCAGUGCCGGGAGGUGACGCUUUUGACGUACAAGUCUAUCCCCAUGCAAGUGGACGGCGAGCCCUGUCGGCUGGCUCCCUCCCUCAUCCGCAUCUCCCUAAGGAACCAAGCCAACAUGGUGCAGAAAAGCAAGAGGAGAACGUCCAUGCCUUUGCUGAAUGAUAUCCAUAAAGUGCAGUCUGCUGACCUGAGGAGAGUCUCGGCUCCCCCUGAUUCCUUCACUGUUCCUCAUUCCAUCCCAGAUCGCCUGCGGAUCAGAGUGAACAGGAUUAAUUUACAAGAAUACGAGGGGCUACAUUAUGACAAAGAAAAACUCCGGGAAGCUUCCAUUCCCCUAGGGAUCAUAGUCAUACGAGGAGAUUGUGACUUGGAGACUUGUCGUAUGUACAUUGACCGUCUGCAAGAGGACCUACAGUCAGUAACCUCUACUACACAAAGAGUUCAUUAUCAGGACCAGGAAAGCUCUUUCCCCAGAGUACUUUCUGUUCAGAGGCUCUCUCCUAGAUGGUGCUUCCUAGAUGCAACUUCUGCUGAUCGUUUUUACCGCAUUGACAGAUCUCAGGAACAUUUGCACUUUGUGACGGAAAUUUCGCAGGACGAGAUUUUUAUUCUGGACCCAGAGAUGGUAAUGUCUCAGCAGGUGGGGACGCCACCAGGAAUGCCUGACCUGGUAGUGGAGCAGGCAACUGGAAUAUCGGAGAGGUGGAACCCUGCGGUUCGGAAGAGGAUGCUGAGUGACAGUGGCCUUGGAAAGAUUGCUCCCCACUAUGAGGUACCUGACAAACAAAAGGACGCCAGCCAGACACAUAUGCUGCAGUCACCGGUUUCUUCAGAAGAUCAAGCACUUUUACAGGCAGUCAUAUCUGGUGAUGUACUGAAGUUCAUAGAAUGUUGUAAAAAAGGAGCCAAUUUGUUAAUCCAAGGACCUGAUCACUGCUCCUUAUUGCACCACGCAGCCAAGACUGGGAACGGCGAGAUUGUGAAAUACAUCCUGGAGCAUGGUCCAUCUGAAUUACUGGACAUGACAGACAGUGAAACGGGUGAGACAGCACUACAUAAGGCUGCCUGCCAGCGCCACCGCGCCGUCUGCCAGCUCCUGGUGGAUGCGGGAGCCUCUCUGAGGAAGACAGACUCCAAGGGUAAGACCCCUCGGGACAGGGCUCAGCAAGCUGGUGAUCCAGAUCUGGCCUCCUACCUGGAGAGUCGACAAAACUAUCAAAUGGUUUCCCAUGAGGACCUAGAGACAGCAGUCUGAUGUCUGAAAAUGUCUGAGAGGAUCCCUGGAAAUCCCGAGACCACACCUGAGGCACUCGGGCAUUGUGUGAGGAAGAAACUGCUGGAACCCACAUGUCUCUCACUCUCGAGGAAAAUACCUGAAGACAUGCCACCAGUUUCUAAGGGCUACUGAGUCUUGCCACGGAACGGUUAUGUUCCAUUAGUUAGCCCAUGAUGGAUGAGGUGGGACACUCAAAGGUCUGUGGAAUCCAUAGGCCACGAAAAUUUACCUUUAUUGCUUCCAGCAAGUAGCAUGAACUUCUCCCAUGUUCAUCUGUAUAAUUUAUUUAAAAAAAAAAAAAAAAGGAAAGAGUAAAGAGGGUGUGGGGGAACAAAAUCCAAACUAACUGGUACAUUAAGCCACCCAACCAGGCUGUCCUCCAUCCUUACAGUUUCUGCAUUGCUUCUAUUCUCCUGUUCCCCUCACUUCUCAUCAGUUAAAUAUUACCUGUUAUCUCUGUGUUGUCUUCACAAAUGGUUAGGCAGUAGCAAAAUGUUUGAGGAGCUCUGGAUGCCCUUAAGAAAUAUCCAGUGUUUUUACCAGCUACAUUCCCUCCCCGCCAUCCUCUUGGAAGCUGUGUUGUCAGUACUCAGCCCCCAUGGCGUUUCCUUGCUUUUGGAGAGGAUGCUAUUUAUUGCCCUGUUUCCCAGGGUUUGCGGCAUGGUCAGAUUUACAGCAGUGACAAAACCUAACCUCAUUGUUGCUGGGCAUGCAGUUAUGGUAUCCUCACGAGACAGGCAUUUACAUGGAAAGGAGCUCUAUGGGAUACACCAUGCUGAAUGGCA